AUGACUUCUGAAGGCUUGAUUUCCAGACCUGAAUUUUCAAGACUAGGAUUUGAAAAUGCGAUUCAAAAAGUAAAAAAAACAGCUGUAGUCAAUAAUGAUGCAUUAAUUUUGCUUACUUCCUUAAUGCAAAAAAAACUAGAGAACCUAUGUUGGGUUGUUGAUUUUAAACUGGACAAAGACAAUCACUUACAUGUCAAAAAAGCUAUGAGAAAAGCUUCAAUUGUUAUGUUUACAAAUGAAGAUCCUGCACUUGAUACAGCUAUUUCAAUUACUCAUGCUUAUCUUUACCUAGUAUUCACAGUGGGCAUUGAAAGCACAUCAAAAGUCGAAAGUUACAACUGGAUCAUUAAACAACAAUUAAAAGUGAACAGUACUCUAUGUGAGCUUGCUGAUCGACUCGACACAAGAUUAAAAGAAGAAUGUAAAAAAGAUCAAACCUACAUUGAAGAAUUACAUAGUAAACAAAAAAAUAAUCAACUAGUAUAUGAUGGAUUUAUCGAAGACCAAUAUGAUGCAUGUCUUAUUAUGCUACAGACACUUAUUGAUGAAGUAGAAUGGAAAGAUGUAUUAGAAAUAUAG